AUGGUGACCCCUGGGACACGGACCAUCAGGGUUUUGCUUAGCUAUGGGAAAAUAAGCCCUCCGAUCAUCCAUUUUAACAACCCACCUCACUCCGUGAUAUCCUGUGAUUUAUACCUUUUGAUUUUCACAACGCUCGCCUGCAUCAGCUGCAAAGCAUCCAGUGCUGCAGAGACAAUGUGCAUGGAGAUUACAGUAAAUAAAAGCUAUAUCUGUGAAGGGUUAGGACUGAGGGAGAUUCCUGAUGAACUACCUGCCACAACCGAAAUCCUUGACUUCAGCUUCAGCGUGAUCCCUUCUCAGAAUUCAACCUUCUCUGUGCUGAAGUCUCUUCUCUACUUGGACUUAACAAGCUGUGAAGUAUUUUGGGUGUAUGAAGGCACCUUUCACAGCAACAAGCAGCUAAAGGUAAUCGUGCUGACUGGAAGCUUGCUCAUGUUUCUGUCUGACACAGCAUACACUGGCCUACAGUCCCUGAGGCAGCUUGUCUUAAAACGGACAGGAAUAACCAGUAGGUCCUUUAUUCCAGUGACAAAUCUGGACAGCUUGCGUACCCUCAACUUGGGCACCAACCACACCUCUUCACUGCGGCUUCCUCCCAACUUUCCCACUCAAAACCUAUACCUUGACUUCCAAAUGAACAACAUAAGAGUGAUCACAGCAGCAGAUGUUCACUUUCUGCAGAAGACCAGCAAUAUAACUCUCAUCUUUGAAGGCAACGGCAUUACAUACAUUGAACCUGGAGCUUUCCAGACCCAUUUCUACAGUUUGGAGCUGGGGGGCUGUGCUGACAUCCCUGAGAUCCUGGCGGGGAUACAGAAUUCCACAGCCCAGACCCUUUGGCUGUGAACAUUUCAUGAAGUGGAAAAGGAGGUGCAUAUAAGCCCGAAUGUUUUACAAGGACUCUGUAAUGUCUCUGUCGAGGAUCUGUACCUGCAAAUAUGGCAAAAAUGCUGCAAAUACUGCAAAAACCUAAACGCUGACACAUUGCAGUGCUUGACCAAACUCUGAAAGCUGGACCUAACUCAAACCUACAUCAAUGCAUUGCCCCCUGGCAUCAGUGGCAUGAGCUCACUGACGGAAUUAGUUCUCAACGUGAACACCUUUGAGCACCUCUGCAAUAUCAGCUCUGCCUCCUUCCCCUCCCUCCCUCACCUCCACAUCAAGGGAAACUCACACGUCCUGCAGCUGGGCUCUGGCUGCCUGGAGAAACUAGCAAAGCUUCAACAUCUCAAUUUAAGUAAGAGUCGUAUUGAAAGAUUCAACUGCUGUAACGAAGCGCUGAGAGGUUUGAGCAGUCUUCAGUACCUGAAUCUGAGCCACAACACACAGCUCCACCUCCAAGACAUGCUCAUUAAGGACAGUGCUAACCUAGAGAUUCUGGACCUGGCUUUCACUCCUCUUCAUAUCAACACUGAACAAGGUCCAUUCUGAAAUUUACAUCUCUUGCAAGUGCUGCAUCUUUCCUCCUCCCACAUCGACACUAGCAUUCAGCAUUUCUUUCAAGGCCUGGAAAACCUCAUGCUCUUGGACCUUAGUCAAAAUAACUUUGAGCCGGGGAUCAUGCCAAAAGACAAACUGUUCCAACAGCUAUCCAAUUUAGAGGUGCUAAUUUUAUCAUCCUGUGAACUGACAGCAAUAGGCAGCCAAGAAUUUCAGAGCCUUGAGAAGUUAUGGCAUGUUGAUCUGAGCCACAACAAACUAAUUGUGUUCAGAACAGAUGCUUUUUCAAACCUCAAGAGCAUUUAUCUCAAUUUUGCACACAACGGGAUCUGUGUUCUUCCACGUGACAAGCUGGCGUCCCUAUCUGGUCACUGCAUAAUCAAUUUAAGUUACAAUCCUUUGGACUGCACCUGAUCCAAUAUUGGUUUAAUCACCCAGUACAAGUAGAAUCUGGAUAGAAUUGAAGACCCUGAAGGUACGAGAUGGUCUGAACCCAAAUUGCUAGCUGGGGCUCAGCUGGCCACCAUCUCGCUCUCCUGUGGGAUCAACACAGCAGGAGUCAUUGCGGUUGUCCUGGCCAUUUUAUCUUGUGGUGUCAUCUUCACCUGGGGUGCUCGCUAUUUCAAGCUAAAUUACCAGCAAAUAUAAGCUUAUGAUGGAGAUACAGAAAAAAUGUACAGCAGUUGUAUUAAGAUGAAAGACAACCUACUGUUUUUGCUUGUGACCAGCAUUUUCUUAACCUAAUAUAAUUUCAUU